GCGUUUCCUUACCGGCAUUCCAGCGUCUGCCCGCGCAGGCUCCGAACCUCCCGCAGUAUUUAUUUAUUUAUUCUAGUUUCUUUGAAAUCAUGCUCGGUCUGUGCCUUUACGUGCCGGUGUCCAACUCGGACCCGGUCGAAGUGGAGUAUUUCGAGUCGAACGGACUUCCAACGGAGCUCAAGUCUCUCUUCAAUCAGCUCAGCGUGUUCCUGCCGUCCGAGGAGCUCUCCACCUACCAGCGCUGGAGAAAGAAAACCUUAAAACGAGAGCGGGACUCGCAGGAUAGCCAGCUGGACUUCGAGGAGUUCGUCCACUACCUCCAAGACUACGAGAAAGAUCUGAAACUGGUGGUGAAGAGCCUGGACCGCAGGAAUGCUGGUCGUAUCGACCCGAAGGAGUUCAUGCAGUCGCUGCGAGACCUGGGCGUGCACGUGUCACUGCAGCAUGCGGAGAAUAUCCUGAAAAGCAUGGACAAGAACGGGCUGAUCACCAUCAAGAGUAAGGAGUGGGGCGAGUAUCCCACGGUGGAGAAGGCAGAGAACAUUCCAGAGAUCAUCCUCUACUGGAAACACUCCACGAUAUUUGAUGUGGGUGAGAACCUGAUGGUGCCGGAUGACUUCACCAUCGAGGAGAAACAGACAGGAAUGUGGUGGCGACACCUGGUGGCUGGUGGAGGUGCCGGCGCGGUUUCCAGAACCUGCACUGCCCCACUGGACCGACUCAAAGUCAUGAUGCAGGUUUAUGGUUCCAGAACCAACAACAUGUGCAUCAUGAGUGGCAUGAUGCAGAUGAUCAAAGAGGGUGGGAUGAAGUCGCUGUGGCGAGGAAAUGGCGUCAACGUCAUCAAGAUCGCGCCCGAGUCAGCACUGAAGUUCAUGGCCUACGAGCAGAUCAAGCGAUUGAUCAGCAAUGAGAAGGAGACGCUGAGCAUCACGGAGCGCUUUGUUGCCGGCUCUCUGGCGGGCGUCAUCGCCCAGAGCACCAUCUACCCCAUGGAGGUGCUGAAAACCCGACUGGCUCUGAGGAAGACGGGUCAGUACUCUGGGAUCUCUGACUGUGCCAAGCAGAUCUUCAGGAGAGAAGGGCUUGCUGCCUUCUACAAAGGCUACGUGCCGAACAUGCUGGGCAUCAUCCCGUAUGCCGGCAUCGACCUGGCCGUGUACGAGACUCUGAAGAACCACUACCUGCAGCAGUACAGCACCAAUAGCAGUGACCCUGGUGUGGUCGUCCUGCUGGCCUGCGGCACCGUCUCCAGCACCUGUGGCCAGCUGGCCAGUUACCCGCUCGCUCUGGUCCGCACACGCAUGCAGGCUCAAGCUGCAACGGAGGGCAGCCAGCCCUCGAGCAUGAGUGCCCUCUUCAGGCAGAUCGUGCAGAACGAGGGCCCCACGGGGCUCUACAGGGGACUGGCUCCCAACUUCUUGAAGGUCAUCCCUGCAGUCAGCAUCAGCUAUGUGGUGUACGAACAUCUGAAGACACACCUGGGAGUGACGUCACGCUGAUCACCCUCAAACACGCCGGAGAAUCUUGUGGUGGGGGUCAGACCCCCCCCCCCCCCAAGGUUCAUUCUCUUCAUUCUGUGAAUGUUGAAUGAGGAUCUGGACUCUGUGAGCUCGGCUCUGCUGCUAAUUCUGUUUUUAAAAACUGGGGGGGACAGAGGCUUGAUCAGGACCAAAUGUUUGCUUCAGGACAUGUCUUUGUCCCUGUGGGUGUCACAGCGUCUCCCGCUGGUGACUUUCUGCCGGUCCACACAAAGAUUGUUCCUCAGCGAGGACGUUUUUUUUGCACAUGUGAGUUUGCUCUCUGCUCCCACACCCUGAGUGAGUGAAGAGUAUUUAUUCUGUCCGCUAUUUAUUCAUUUUAGAGAUCUGAUGCGCCAAUUGUGCGUUUUUGGUUUUUUUGUCGGAGCGUUCAGGAAGCAGCCUUAACAUGUGGUUCCCAAACACUAGCUCAAGUCGUGCGCCGGCAUGUCUCACACUCACCGGCUCCUGUUUACCCAACUUUCUGUCGCUGAAGGAUUUUUUUUUUUUUUUCAUUUGAAUAGAAGUUGAAUGUCAAACCUCAGGCGAGCUCACCUGAGUUGGGAAAAGAUGAUGCACUUUAAUUGCUGCUGCUGUUGAAAUAAUCCAGGGAAGAUGAUUGUCAGGACUUUUUAGUGUUUUAAUGGACCAUAUCAUGCAAAUAAAUGCAAUUUCUACCUGCUGACUGGUCUG